AUGAGGAAGCUUUUCAGCUUCUGGAGGAGGAAGGAUGAAUCUUUUAGCCGCCCCUCAUGCCUGCCCGAAGGCCAGGACUUUACUCCCCGAGCUAGGCACUUAAAGAAACUGCACAAAGCUGCUUCAGAAGGGGAUUUGGAGAAAUUAAAGGUGUACCUUCAGCUCAAGAAACAUGAUGUGAACAUGCGGGACAAAGUGGACCGAACACCUUUGCAUCUGGCCUGUGCUAGUGAAUAUACAAAUGUCAGAUCUCUCCUACCGAAGAAAAAAUGCAAAAUAAAUGUCCAGGAUGGUGAAAACAAAUAUACACUGAUUAAGGCAGUACAGUUUCAAAAGGAGAACUGUGCUACUAUUCUUCUAAACCAUGGUGCAGACCCAAAUCUGGUGGAUUUUCAUUAUAAUACUGCUCUGCAUUAUGCCGUGUGUGGUCAGAGUGUCUCAUUAGUCAGAAAACUACUUGAACACAAAGCGAAUCUUGAAGCUAAAAAUAAGGAUGGGUAUACUCCACUUCUACUUGCCAUUGUUGAAAAUAAUGAAAAAAUGGUGAAAUUUCUUCUGAAGAAAGGGGCAGAUGUGAAUGCUGCAGAUAAGAAUCAAAGAACAGCUCUUAUGAUUGCUCUCUGUGAUGAACCAACAACUAUAGUAAGUCUUCUUCUUCAGCAAGAUGUUGACCUAUCUUGCCAAGAUAUUAUGGAUUCACAGCUGAGGAGUAUGCUUCUUUUAAUGGUUUUACUAUGUGAUAUUGGAAGAAGUAAAGUGGAGGAAACCACCUGA